CUUUUGUUGACAAAUAAAGAUGAUCAUCGGGCAAAAUUCAAUUUCAGUCAUUGUGACGAUUUAUUGUGAGCUUCUUUAUUUUUUAUUUGAACUCACUGCCAUUACAUUCGCGUCAUCAUCACCAUCAUCACCGCAUCAGUUCAGUGGCAAUGAAAUUUAAUUUCAAGCUUAAAUCUAAAAAUAGUUUUAAAAAAUAAUUAAAUAAGAAAAAAAAAAAAAUAAACAGAAAAUAAAUAUAAACAAUGUGGAAGGUGUGGCUUUUGGGGGCAUGUCUGUGUUUGAGUGUGACUUUAAGUCAUCAGUGGCUUCAGUAUGAGAAUCUAGUGCGAAAUAGUCUUCCAGAUACUUCUGCAGAGACUCAGAGAGAUGCAGCCCAAGGGGUAAUAAUGAGAUUGAUUCCAAAACAUGCUCAUUUAUUUGAAAUUGAAAUUGACAAAAGUUUGCCGCUGAGAAGCUUUCAGCUGAAACAAUCUUCAACGAACGGCAACAUCCGUAUCCUCGCUUCAGAUGGUAUUUCCGCUACAAAAGGAUUCCAUCAUUACCUGAAGUACAACCUCCAUGGGGAUGUAUCAUGGUCGGGUAAUCAAUUAGAGCACAUUCCGAACGAACUGCCAGCCCCGAACGACGACGAUCCAACGAACAUCAUCUCCCAAUCGCAAAGUGCAUUCAUCUACUAUCAAAAUGUUUGCACAUGGAGCUACAGCUUUGCCUGGUGGUCAUGGAUAGAUUGGAGACGUCAUAUCGACUGGAUGGCUCUAAUGGGUAUAUCGCUUACAAUUGCCCCCAUCCAGGAGCAAAUUUGGACUGACCUCUACAAAGACUAUGGCCUCAGCGAUGACGAAAUCUAUGAGCAUUUUGCUGGUCCAGCAUUCCUUGCUUGGCAACGAAUGGGAAAUAUCCGCGGAUGGGCUGGUCCCCUCACCCCCACCUAUCGGCGAAUGCAAUUACUUUUGCAAAAGGAAAUCAUCAAAGCACAACGGAACCUUGGAAUUACAGUUGCACUGCCUGCGUUCGCUGGCCACCUGCCCAAGGCCAUAGCACGAAUCUAUCCGAAUGAGACGUUCGCCAUUGUCGAACGAUGGAAUCGCUUUCCGGACAACUUGUGCUGCCCCCUGUUUGCCGACCCCAAUCGUCAGCUCUUCCGCGAAAUUGGAGAGCGAUUUUUGCGCGCCAUCAUCGCUGCAUAUGGCUCCGAUCACAUCUACUUCAGUGACCCGUUUAAUGAAAUUCAACCGGCCAAGUCGGAGGCAGCUUAUCUCAAGCAAACCGCUGCCAAUAUUUACGCAGCAAUGUCCGCUGUUGAUGCGUCAGCCGUGUGGCUUCUCCAAGGCUGGAUGUUUGUGAAGAAUCCAUUUUGGAAAGGCCAACUCAUUGAGGCAUUUCUGACAGCCGUCCCACGCAAUCAUUUGCUAGUGCUCGACCUUCAGAGUGAACAGUUUCCACAAUAUGAACGAACGCACUCGUAUUAUGGCCAACCGUUUAUCUGGUGCAUGUUGCAUAAUUUUGGUGGAACACUGGGAAUGCAUGGUUCCGCGGGCAUUGUAAAUACCAGGAUUCGACUGGCGAGGUCGAUGGAAAAUUCGACAAUGUUGGGAGUGGGAAUAGCUCCAGAAGGAAUCGAUCAAAAUUAUGUUAUGUAUUCGUUGGCCUUGGAGCGGGCCUGGGUGAAAGAUGAUUUUGAUUUGGACCAAUGGUUUGGGACGUUUGUUAGUGCUCGAUAUGGAUCGGAGUUGGGCCAUUUGCAAAAAGCUUGGGAGUACCUUAAGAGGUCAGUGUACUCGUAUCGGGGAGUGUUGAAAAUUCGGGGCAAAUAUGUGGUGGCCCGCAGGCCAGCAACUAAUCUGACACCGUGGGUAUGGUACAACACGUCGUGGGUGGAGCAGGCGUUCGAUCAAAUGCUGCAGGCUAACUUGUCGGAAAGUGGACUGUGGCGUCAUGACUUGGUGGAUCUGACACGACAGUUCCUUCAACUGGCUGGGGACAAAGUUUAUGUGAAUUUGAUGGAGGCAUACCGGGGGGGUGAUUCGAGGCGGUUCCGCUGGUUGGCUACUUGCAUGAUUGACAUACUGUACGACAUGGAUAAAGUGUUGGCAACACAUGAAAAAUUCCUGCUCGGCAGGUGGCUGGCAAGUGCGAAACGAUUGGCAUGGAGUCCUUUGGAGGAGAUUCUGUUGGAGAUAAAUGCUCGCAAUCAAAUAACCACAUGGGGACCGAAUGCCAGGAUUCUGGACUAUGCGACGAAACAGUGGGCUGGCAUGGUUGUGGAUUUCCACUUGCCAAGGUGGAGGUUAUUUUUGGACACAAUGCAGAAGGCACUGGAUGAGGGCGGUGGUAGGUUUAGUGAGAAUGGUUUCAGGCAUAAAGUAUUUAAGGAUAUUGAGAGUCCAUUUGGAGUGGAUAGGAAGGUGUAUCAGACGAAGGCAGUUGGUGAUACAGUUGGUGUUGCACAAAUGAUCUAUGACAAAUGGAAGGCGGUGUUGGGGAAGGAGGAUUUGAGGAAGGAGAUUCCUUGGCAACGUGGGAUGAGUGAUGUUGAAGAAGGAGUACUGAAGGACGAAGAAGGUGUUGAAGAUGAAGUGAUGACAACAUCAUCAUCAUCAUCACCUGAAGUUGUUGCUGUUUAA